AUGAUAAUCAAACUCACAAGCUACGCGGCAAAUCUUGAAGAUGCCGUCGAGUCCCAACCCCCACCAACCCAGACAGGGGUUCAACGUUCCUCGGACCUAAUCCCGCCCGUCUUAGCCCACGCCUCAGGUUUAGUCCUAGACGUCGGCCCGGGAACAGGAACGCAAAUGCCCCUCUUACGCUCGUCGGCUAUCAAAGCAAUCUACGGCGCCGAGCCCUGCCAUGGUCUUCACGCAAAACUGCGCUCCAGGGCUGACGCCGAAGGAGUAGGUGAAAAGUACCACAUUCUUCCCUGUAGCGUCGCCGCCUCGGAACUCGUUCCCGCUCUCCAGGAACAAGGCCUUCUGCCUGCUGGUACUACCGCGCUUGAUCAAACGACUGGUGGUGCCUUCGACACGAUUCUCUGCGUCCGUGUGCUUUGUUCUGUGCCAGAUUUAGAACAGUCUGCUCGGGAUCUGUAUGGCUUGCUUAAGCCCGGUGGCAAGAUUCUCGUCGUGGAGCAUGUGGUUAAUCCGUGGCGAACGGCGAAGGGGUCUAUUGUUGCGAGGGUUGUGCAGGCUGUGUAUGGGUUCUUGGGUUGGAGCUGGUUUAUUGGGGAUUGUCGGAUGAAUCGGGAUACGGAGAAGGCAUUGCGGGGUGCGGCGGAGGCUGACGGGGGGUGGGAGUCUGUGGAGGUCGAGAAGUGGUUUGGGAGAACUUGUAUGCCGUAUAUUGCUGGGGUGUUUGUCAAGAGAGGGUAG